AUGAAGUUCUUUCUGAAGAAAUGUUUGCGCAAAAAGGCGCCGGAAAUGAAACCAGGCGCCAUACUGGACGCCGUCAUAUCCCAAUCGUCGGCAACGGCUUGCAAGUGCUUGCUUUAUAAGUUGGCCGAUUACAAGCGUGGUGGGGAUCUAAUCGAUGCAAUUAACACUGGAGGUCUAAUAGCUGUGGAACAAUUAAUUCGGGAACAAUUUGGCGUCUUUAUGUACAACGAUGGCAAGGGUCAGGUGAUCAAUCGGGCGGAGUUCCUACGCUGGAAGUAUCGCGAUCACACCGAGGUAACUAUACCCAUUGAGGCAUCGUUGUCCAUACACGAUCCCCUCGGCAAGUGGGAGGAUCACAAGGCGUGUUGGCAAAUGCAAUAUCGUGGUGCUCUGGGCGAGAGCCUGUUGCAUGUCCUGAUCAUCUGCGAUUCAAAGAUUCACACUAAACUGGCUCGCGUGCUGUUGCGUGUCUUCCCCAAUCUGGCCCUGGACGUGAUGGAGGGUGAGGAAUAUUUGGGCGCCAGUGCCCUCCACCUAUCCAUUGCGUACAGCAAUAAUGAACUGGUAGCCGAUCUGAUCGAGGCCGGUGCCGACAUACAUCAGCGCGCCAUUGGCAGUUUCUUUUUGCCUCGCGAUCAACAGCGCACGAAUCCAGCUAAGUCCACGGACUAUGAGGGCCUUGCCUAUAUGGGCGAAUAUCCAUUGGCCUGGGCCGCCUGUUGCGCCAAUGAGAGCGUUUACAAUUUGCUGGUGGAUUGUGGAGCCGAUCCGGACGCGCAGGACUCCUUCGGCAACAUGAUACUCCAUAUGGUUGUCGUCUGCGAUAAACUGGACAUGUUUGGAUAUGCUCUAAGGCAUCCAAAGACCCCGGCCAAGAACGGAAUUGUGAAUCAAACUGGUCUCACGCCACUCACACUGGCCUGCAAGCUGGGCCGUGCCGAGGUCUUCAGGGAGAUGUUGGAGUUGUCGGCAAGAGAGUUUUGGCGCUACAGUAAUAUCACAUGCUCCGGUUAUCCAUUGAACGCACUCGACACUUUACUUCCUGAUGGCAGAACGAAUUGGAACUCCGCACUGUUCAUCAUCUUGAACGGCACCAAGCCGGAGCACUUGGACAUGCUGGAUGGUGGCAUUAUUCAGCGGUUGCUAGAAGAGAAGUGGAAGACUUUUGCACAGAAUCAAUUUUUGAAACGUCUUCUCAUUCUAUUCAUACAUCUACUAUGCUUGUCCGUCUCGGUGUAUUUGCGACCCGCACACGAUGGCGAGCCCGAAGAUGAUUCGGACAGCGAUGCAGCCGAGGGUGCGAGUGCCAUGAUCGUCAAUGGUGGGGACGUGGACGCGCCGGCGAACGGGGAGGACUACAACGCCCAAACCGUGGCGCGAUACUGUGCCGAGUUGGCUACAAUUGCCGGCGUCCUCAGCUACGUGGUCUUUCAGCAGGGCGAUGAAAUCAAAAAUCAGGGUUUAUCAGCAUUCCUUAAGCAGCUGUCCCACGCCCCAGCUAAGGCCAUUUUCCUCUUCUCGAAUCUAUUGAUACUCGCAUGCAUUCCAUUUCGCUUGAUAGGCGACACGGACACCGAGGAGGCAAUUUUAAUAUUUGCUGUUCCGGGCAGCUGGUUUCUUCUAAUGUUUUUCGCUGGCGCUAUUCGCCUGACCGGACCAUUUGUAACCAUGAUAUACUCCAUGAUAACUGGCGACAUGUUCACAUUUGGAAUCAUUUACUCCAUUGUGCUGUGCGGUUUCUCCCAGGCGUUCUACUUCCUUUACAAAGGACAUCCUCAAGUGCAGUCGACUAUGUUUAAUACCUACACCAGCACCUGGAUGGCUCUCUUCCAGACAACCCUGGGCGACUACAACUAUCCGGAUUUGAAUCAAACCACCUAUCCGAAUCUGUCGAAGACGGUGUUUGUCAUCUUCAUGAUCUUUGUGCCCAUUCUCCUGCUUAACAUGUUGAUUGCCAUGAUGGGUAAUACCUACGUAACUGUUAUCGAGCAAUCCGAAAAGGAAUGGAUGAAGCAAUGGGCGAAAAUUGUUGUAACGCUUGAGCGUGCGGUACCCUCGGCCGAUGCCAAGGGUUAUUUGGAGGCCUAUUCCAUUCCGCUGGGCCCUUCCGAUGACUCCGGCUUCGAGGUGCGCGGUGUUAUGGUGAUCAAGAGCAAGAGCAAGACGCGAGCCAAGCAGCGCAAGGGCGCCGUAUCCAACUGGAAGCGCGUGGGACGCGUCACACUGACAGCUUUGAAGAAGCGCGGCAUGACAGGCGAGGAAAUGCGUCGCCUCAUGUGGGGUCGGGCCUCCAUCUCCAGUCCAGUGAAAGUGGCAAAGCAGAAGUUGAAAGAUCCUUACAAUGUAAACAUGGAAUCGGAUUUUACAAAUGCCAUGGAUAUGCUGACUUUUGCCAACAAUCCAGCAUCGAGUGCCGGUGUCCCAUUGCGUACCACAGCACCAGCGGUCAAGGAAAUGCCGAGCGCACCGGAUCCAUUCAGGGACUUGAUAAUGAUGUCGGAUCAGCGACCCGAAACUCAUGAUCCACACUAUUUCGCGGGCCUUCAGCAGUUGGCCAACAAGGCGUUCGAUUUAGUCGAGCAGACAAUGAAAACGCAGCCAUCCUUAGCCAAGCGAGGCUCAGCACUCGGUGCUCCCAGCGACGGUCCAAUUCCAAAAACAGCUACUGCCCAGCCUACGCAAUCAGGAGCCGCAUCUGCUGUGGCAGAUCCUGUUCCCGUGCCGAUACCCUUGACCUCGAAUCUGACCAAUUUGUUUCAGGAUCCCAAGGAUAUUGUCGACCCGAAGAAAUUGGAAGAGUUUAUGAAGCUGUUGGCCGAAGUAGAGACCGAGGAGAGCGACAGUGGUGGUCCAAUAUUGGGAAAGCUUUCGCUGGCACGACGCACCCACAAUGCGCUCUCCAAAGCGGACAUUAAUCGUGACCACAACUUUGAUGGGAAUGGCCAGUUCGAUAAGCCCAUGUCGUCAGUCUGGUCACACCAUUUGCCAGAGAUCGACGGAGAUGAUACGGGCUAUAACUUCGACGAAGCCGUCGCGGAGGAAGUGCUGACCAUAGAGCAGGAGGCUGAAGUCGAGACCGAAGACGGCAAUGGGGGGCCCGAUAGCGAUGAUUUGCCCACAGUGGAGGAGGUGCAUGCUACCAUGAAGCAAUUCCAUUUGCGCAAAUGCCAGCCGCCUCAGGACGAAGCGGCAAGUCGAGCCAAAAGCGCACGCAUUCGACGCAAGAAUAAAAUUUCGCCAGAAGAUAGUGACAUGGAGCCAGGCGACAGGCGUCAACGAGGGCGCUCCGCUUAUGUACGCAAAUCGCAAUCCCCGCCCGAUCCCCUAGAGCCAUGGAGCACCCGCGAGCUCCAGGACAUCAAUAAAAUAUUGGCGAAGAAGUAA